AUGACGCAGUCUCCCAUGAUCUCCUCGCCCCUCAAGGCCACAAACGAGAUCGACUGGGUCUCCCCGCUGAAAGACUACAUCCGCAACACAUACGGCGAUGAUCCCGAGCGCUACGCCGAGGAAUGCGCCACCCUCAACCGCCUGCGACAGGAUGUGAGGGGCGCCGGCAAGGACAGCACCUCGGGUCGCGACAUGCUCUACAGAUACUAUGGCCAGCUCGAGCUGCUCGAUUUGCGCUUCCCCGUCGACGAGCAGCACAUCAAGAUCUCCUUCACAUGGUUCGACGCCUUCACCCACAAGUCGACAGCACAGUACUCCCUCGCGUUCGAGAAAGCCUCCAUAAUCUUCAACAUAUCCGCCGUGCUGUCAUGCCACGCCGCGCACCAGACGAGAUCCGAGGAGUCGGGCCUCAAGACGGCGUACCACUCGUUCCAGGCGUCCGCCGGCAUGUUCACUUACAUCAACGAGAACUUUCUGCACGCGCCCUCGUCCGACCUCAGCCGCGAGACCGUCAAGACGCUCAUCGCCAUCAUGCUGGCCCAAGCGCAGGAGGUGUUCCUGGAGAAACAGGUGGCCGACAAGAAGAAGGUGGCGCUGCUUGCCAAGCUUGCCAGCCAAGCUGCGUACCUGUAUGCGCAGGCGGUCGAAGGCGUCCAGGACAACUUCAACAGGGCCAUAUUCGAGAAGGUCUGGCUUCUCAUGGUGCAGGUAAAAUCAAACCUCAUGAGCUCCAUGUCCCAGUACUAUCAGGCCCUGGCCGACGACGAGGCAGGCCAACACGGAAACGCCGUUGCCAGGUUGCAGGCGGCCGAAUCGCAAGGGAAGGAGGCCAACCGCAUCGCUUCUAAUUUCCCCAAUUCCGUGCCACCGAAUUCCAACCUCAGCGCUGAGACGGGAGGGCUCCUCGUUGAGUUUACAAAAAGGCACUUGUCGACCGUGCAAGAUAAGCUGAAGGAGCUGAGCAAGGACAAUGACUUUAUCUACCACCAAACCGUGCCGGCGGAGGCGAGCCUCGCACCGGUCGCCAAGCUCCCGGCAUCCAAGCCGAUUCCCGUGAGCGAACUGUACGCCGGGCAGGAUAUUCAACGGAUCACCGGCUCAGACCUGUUCUCCAAGAUUGUGCCCCUGGCUGUGACGGAGUCGGCCAGUCUCUACGACGAGGAGAAGGCCAAGCUUAUCAGAGCGGAGACGGAACGAGUGGACAUUGCCAACAGCGAGAUGGCUGCCAGUCUGGAUUAUCUAAGGUUACCCGGUGCUUUGCAGGUUCUAAAGGGCGGUUUCGACCAGGAGAUUCUUCCCGACGACGAGUUUAGGACCUGGUGCGAGGACGUUGCAGGACACGAGGACCCGACAUCCAUAUUUGAGACACUCCGGACCGAAAAGGACUACAUCAUCACCACGCUGGACAAGAACACGAAGCAGCUGGACAUGGAGGAGAGUGUUUGCGAAAAGAUGCGCUCAAAAUACGAAAACGAAUGGACGCAACAACCGAGUUCCAGGUUGACAACGACGCUGCGGAGCGACAUAAGGAAUUAUCGAGAAGCAUUGGAGGAAGCAGCGCGGAGCGACAACCAAUUAGCGGCCAAGCUGCGGCAAAACGAGGCUGAAUUCGAGGAGAUGAGGGCUGCCGCGGCACACGGAAACAUUGACGCUCUGUUCCAGCGUGCGGUCGGCAAGGUCCGCGGCAAGACGAGCAACACGGCCAGCCCUUCUGGCAACGAGAACCUGCUGGAUAUGGACUUUGACGAAGGGGGCCCCAGUGUCGUCGAUCAGAUCCACAAAGUGGAGGAGAUCAUGAGGAAGCUGAACCUGGUCAAGAGGGAGCGCAAUCAAGUGUUGAAAGACCUCAAGGAAAAGGUUCACAACGACGACAUUUCAGAGAUUCUCAUACUCAACAAAAAGUCCAUUUCAAACUACGAGUCUCAGCUGUUCCAGUCGGAGCUGGAAAAGUUCAGGCCAUACCAGAACCGGCUGCUUCAGGCAAACCACAAGCAGUCGGCGUUGAUGAAGGAGCUUACGGCCAGCUUCAACACACUUCUGCAGGACAAGCGGGUGAGGUCGGAGCAGAGCAAGUACGAGGCGGUGCAGAGACAAAGGACGGCGGUCAUGAACAAGUACAAGCGCGCGUACCAAGAGUUCCUCGACCUCGAGGCCGGGCUGCAGGGCGCCAAGACGUGGUACGCCGAAAUGAAGGAGACCGUGCAGAGCCUCGAGAAGAACGUCGAGACGUUUGUCAACAACAGGCGUUCGGAGGGUGCGCAGCUGCUCAACAGCAUCGAACAAGAGCGGUCCACCCGCAAGGAUGCGCACGCCGAGUUGGAGCGCGAGCGCCUCAGGGGACUGAUGGAACGCAUGUCGAUGGAACCGAACGCGACCUCGCCCAAGCCCACCUCGAACCGCCCGACGCCGUCCCCGUUGAACUUUGCCAGCAACUCCGCGCCGCGGUAUCCCCAGACCAACUUCCAAGGGCAGUAUCAAGUCCCUCAGUCCCCUCCGGCCAACCAGCAGCAAUACCCCAGCUUCGCCGCCCCCCCAACGACGCAAUCGUAUACGCCCCAGCCGGCCAACACAUACGGCCAGCCGGCGUACAACCCAAGCCAAUACGGACGCACACCCGGCCCGACGUCUCCGCCGCCUCAUCAGUCUACCUUUGGCCCGACCGUCCUUCGCGGGCCUGCAUCUCCUCCUCCCAACCAGACGUCAUUUAACCAAGGCCAGCCCUACGGCAACUAUCCCGGGCAACCGCAGCAGAUGCCUGCGGGUUUCGUGCCGCCCCCUCCCCCUCCCGGGCCCCCUCCGCUGGGUCCCCAGCAGACCUUUUACGGCCAGCAAGACUACCAGCAGCAGCAGCAGCAGCAGCAAAACUACCAACAACAAGGCCAGUAUCCCUCGAGCGCGCACCCCAGGUCUGCACAGCCGCAGCAGAACAGCGAUCCUUGGGCCGGUUUGAAUAACUGGAAGUGA